GAGGCUUCGGCAUCUUCCCCCACAAAUUAUGGAGACCUUCUUCAUUGACAACGCAUCUCAUCUUCCUCCGCAGCUGUACUCGAGUAAGCACAAUGUAAAUGAACUUUAUACUCCGAGUGUACAAAAAUAUCAUUGCACAAUUUUCUUUUUCUCUCUCUUGCUUUUGAUCUUAUCUACAUCCUGUUUUCUGCACAUCAUCAACCAUACCCCGCCAUCUCAAUUUCCACAAUAUGUCCACCGGCACGCCCCUCAAAAACACUCUCCUAUCGUUCCCAACAGCUUCUACUCUCCUCAUAACUAUCAACAGGCCGUCAUCCCUCAACUGCCUCGAUACAUUCACGCACAACGAACUCGAUCGCGUCUUUCGAUGGUUUGACGCCGAGCCGGGUCUUCGAUGUGCCAUCUUAACAGGCGUCGGACGGAGUUUUUGUGCAGGCGCAGAUCUAAAAGAAUGGGACUCGAAUAAUUCGUUAUCAACUUCCGCCUCAAGCCAAGCCCGCUCAUUACCCACAUCCGGUUUUGGAGGAUUGAGUCGGAGAGGCGGAAAGAAACCUAUAAUAUGUGCUGUGAAUGGAAUCUGUUUUGGAGGUGGUUGUGAGAUGAUUAUAAAUGCGGAUAUGGUGAUUGCAGAAGCUCAUGCGGUGUUUGCUUUACCGGAAGUGAAGAUUGGGGUCGUGGCUCUGGCUGGAGCUUUGACUAGGUUAGUGAGGACGGUAGGAAAACAAAGGGCAAUGGAGAUGGCAUUGACGGGAAGGACGCUUGGAGCAGAAGAAGCCAUGGAGUGGGGAUUGGUCAACAGGGUGGUCGGAACGGGGAAGAGCGUUGAGGAAGCUAUCAAAAUGGCGGAGCUGAUAGCAGCAAAUAGUCCGGAUAGUGUUAUUGUGAGUAGAGAAGGUAUCAAGAUGGGUUGGGAAGGAGUUGGUGCCGAAGAAGGAACGAGAUUGAUAGAACAAAAUUGGUAUAGUAGGAUGGAUAAGGGUCCGAACAUGAAGGAAGGAGUGCGGAGUUUUGUUGAGAAGAGGAAACCGAAUUGGGUACCUAGUAAAUUGUGAGUUUUGUAUUUUUGUAUUUAGCUAGUUUAUAUCCCCUCUUGUUAAGCAGUCAUAAAUUGUAUUCCAUGAAACACCAUAUAUCCUGAGUCCUCGAAAAGGAAUCUCCUCGAUCUUUCCUUUCAUAAUAAACUAGACCUCAAUGCCCCGUAACCAACCUCAGUACAUUCCACCUCUCCAUGGCCUAUCUAAUCUAUUCUCCUCCUUUCGAUCCAAACAAUCCAGAUAACUAAUCCAUCCGUCCCUUCUCAUACCACUCUCAAACCACAACC